GAGUACCCUUGUGGCUUCUGCAGGCGGACGGGAUGUGACGUCGGCCUCUCGAAAACAACCUCCUCUUAUCAGCCGGUCUCGAAUUGCCCACAUGCCCACAAAUUCUCUCUCGCAUCGGCCAAGAAGCACUCUGCGCGCAUGCCGUCAACAAAUGUUCCGUUGCAGUGCGACCUGUGCGACGUGAAUCCUGCGACGAAACUCAAACCAGUCCUGUGGAAGUACAACAUUUUCCGACACAUCCAAGACGUGCAUCCA